UCCCCGCCUCCGGCCUGCUGGGCGGUGGCGACCGCCGCGGCCCGCAAGGAUUUGAAACCGUUUCGUAGCGGCGGCGACGGCGGCGGCGGCGGCCCAUCGGAAAGCUUGCAUGCUGAAUAAUGGAAAUGGGAAGUGAAGAAGAAAAAUGGGAGAAGCUGGAUUCGGAAUUCGAUCACUUUGUGGUAGAUAUGAAGCCCUUUGUUCUAAAAUUACCCCAUAGGUCAGAGCGGCAGCGGUGUGCGCUUUGGAUUAGAAAACUGUGUGAGCCCUCAGGAACAGGUGCAGGGAUAAUGGGCAGGAAGAAUCGGAAUCUGUACGCAAAACUCUUACUGCACAUGCUCAAGCGAGGGGUGCUCGAAGGCCCCUUCACACACCGACCCGAACCAGGGACGCUAAAAACCUUGCCUUCGUACAUGUCCAUCUAUUUUGAUGAACCAAAUCCAGCACAAGCAAAAGGUUCAAGCCCAGAAGGACUACCAGACUGGGUAAUGGGUGAGCUGGGGACCAGUGAGCACAAGUUAAAUGAAUCAUGGAAGCUUUCUUCUGGAGAAGAUUACUCUUUGGUGCAGUCGCCGACCAAUGUCCACAGUAGGGAACAAUGCAUUGCAAAGCUCCAAACCAGAUCGCAGUCCAUGAGUCCAACCUACAGAGAAGACGGACAGAUUAUUACCCCAAAGAGUUCUGAAGGUCAUUCGCAAAAAUCUGCUCUUUGUUUGGAUGACAGUGACAUCGAAGCUCGCCUUAAUAGUUGGAACCUUGGGAUAGAAAAUCCUCGGUACCUGAGACAGAAGCCUAUCCCAAUUACUUUGAUGACUCCCAAAUUCAGCCUGAGAAAAUCCAGCAGCCUCCAUGAUGAUCAUUUAUGUUCUCGAAUGCAUGAGAAAGAGUUGGACAUGAAAACAAAAAUGAUGGAAGCUAAAUAUCAUGAAGAGAAACUUAAAUUGCAACAGAAACAUGAUGCUGAUGUUCAGAAGAUUUUAGAAAGAAAGAAUAAUGAAAUAGAAGAAAUGAAAACUUUAUACAAAAAGAAGCAAAAUGAAACAGAGGAGACUAUUAGAAAACUUGAAAAGAAAGUUCAGACCCUUAUACGUGAAUGUCAAGUUAUCAGAGAGACCAAAGAUAACCAGAUUGCAGAGUUAAAAAAGAUAUGUGAACAAAGUACAGAAUCUCUGAAUAAUGAUUGGGAGAAAAAGCUCCACAAUGCUGUAGCUGAAAUGGAAAAGGAGAAGUUUGAACUUCAAAAGCGGCACACUGAAAAUAUUCAAGAGUUGCUUGAGGACACGAACAUACGUCUGAAUAAAAUGGAGGGUGAAUACAUGGCGCAAACACAAUCCACAAACCAGAUGAUCAAAGAACUGGAGUCUCGUGUCCAGCAACUGACUGGAGAAGCAGAGAACAGUAAUUUACAGAAACAGAAAUUAGUUCAAGAAAAAUUGGAACUUGAGAGAUGUUACCAGAUAACUUGUAAUGAAUUGCAAGAAGUAAAGGCAAGGCGCAACACACUGCACAAAGAGAAAGAUCAUCUUGUAAAUGAUUAUGAGCAGAGCAUGAAACUAUUACAAACCAAAUAUGAUGCUGAUAUAAACCUUCUGAAAAAGGAACAUGCUCUUUCAGCUUCUAAGGCAUCUGGUAUGAUUAAAGAAUUAGAACAGACUAUCUGUCAAUUAAAACAGCAGUUACAGGAAUCAGAACUUCAAAGGAAGGAACAACUAAAGGAUCAAGAAAAUAAGUUUCAAAUGGAGAAAAGUCAUUUAAAACACACCUAUGAAAAAAAGGUUCAUGACUUGCAGAGUGAACUUGAUAAAGAAAAAGAAGAUACUCAAAAGAAAAUUCAUAAGUUUGAGGAGGCUUUGAAGGAAAAAGAAGAACAGCUAACUCGGGUGACUGAAGUUCAGAGGUUGCAGGCCCAGCAGGCAGACGCUGCUCUGGAAGAGUUCAAGCGGCAGGUGGAACUGAACUCAGAGAAAGUCUACGCUGAAAUGAAAGAGCAGAUGGAAAAAGUGGAAGCAGAUCUAACUAGAUCCAAGUCUCUUCGUGAGAAACAAUCGAAGGAAUUUCUGUGGCAGCUGGAAGAUGUCAAGCAGCGAUAUGAGCAGCAGAUAGUAGAGCUGAAGCUGGAGCAUGAACAGGAGAAGACGCACCUAUUACAGCAGCAUAACGCAGAGAAGGAUAGCCUAGUCCGAGACCAUGAACGGGAAAUUGGAAACCUGGAGAAACAGCUUCGCGCUGCCAAUAUGGAGCACGAAAAUCAAAUCCAAGAGUUCAAGAAACGAGAUUCACAGGUUAUUGCUGACAUGGAGGCACAAGUCCACAAGUUGAGAGAAGAGCUGAUUAAUGUGAAUUCCCAGCGAAAACAGCAGCUGGUAGAGCUUGGUCUUCUUCGUGAAGAGGAGAAGCAAAGGGCUGCACGGGACCAUGAGACCACUGUCAACAAACUGAAGGCUGAGUCAGAAAAGAUGAAGAUGGAGCUGAAAAAGACUCAUGCUGCGGAGACAGAGAUGACGCUGGAAAAGGCCAACAGCAGGCUGAAGCAGAUUGAGAAGGAAUACACUCAGAAGCUUGCCAAAUCUUCACAGGCCUUGACAUCAGGACGACUCCAGACAGUUUCUGUUUAUUACUUUAUAACUCUGUAAUCUAGUUUCGUCAUCAAAUAAUCAUUGGAAAACUGAGCUUCAAGGAAAACAUCGUACUAACUUGCCCAGGGUUUCUUAACAACCGGCCGUCCCCCUGUAGAACCAACAGCACUGCGUUCUAGCCCAGGAUGAAGAUCGCCCUUUUAUUCGAAGAAACAACCAUUUCCUGCUUUUAAAAGGUCGACACUAUUGAAUUUGAAAGGAAAUGGAUACAUCCAAACCAAAGGAAGAGCCGUGCUCCCAGUAAACCCACUAACUAAAAAGGUCAUCAGAGUUACUUUGAGAACUUGGAGGGAGCCCAGUCAUGGGGAGAACCAACUCGCAGACGUAGGGAAUACUGCAAGAGUCUCUGAAGUGACUGGUUUGAGCCAAAAAUCAAAAAGUUUAUGAUCCGUUAGGAAGAAAGCAGCCUAUGGGGAACUACAUCAUGAUAAACUUCCCUUCAAUACCGUAACCUUGUCUAAAAGAAAGACACAUCCUAGGUAGUUAAGAGGAGCCAACCAGUACAACAGUCAGUCUGUCUACACAGUUCAGAUUCUCCCUGUCUCCUGGUUGGAUGUCGAUUUCAGCAGUUGGACCUCUUUCUGUGCCUCUGUUUCUCCAUUUAGAAGAGCUGGGCAAUGAUAACGCUUUCUCCCAGGAGUAAAUGACAGAGGGACUCAAGUUCUUAGCACAAUGCGCAAGCAUUAGUAAACACUCCAAAAUCAUUCUGUAGAAUUAGGUAACUGUGAAGAAUGAACCCUGUUCAUGAUUUUCAUUGCUUGUUAGAGUUCAAAGUAUCAUGAAAGGCAGAAUAGCUUUUUUCACUCUAAUAAGUGUGUUUCUCAGUAACAUAAACUCUGACACAUUUCAUAUUUUUGAGAUCACAGAUGUUCCUUCCUCUGAUGAGCAAAUACUGUGGAAUGUUAUAGUGGGAAAGGCUUCCAAGUGUAUUUGGUUCAGCAGUUGUUCACCAUUCACAGUUUUAUUAUAGUCUUUUAUUGAGUGGAAUUUCAUGCAUUAGAGUGUGUGAUACGUUAAUUGAAAAUAUUUAGUUUGUGGACCAGUUUUGCCACAUCCCUUCUCUCGUUAAGCAUAAAUACAUAUAAAAUAGAUGCAUCUUGCUGAAGAAUUUGCAGUUAUA